AUGGCUAUUCAAAAAGGAAUUAGGACACAAUAUGAGGAUCGUACACCUAUUGGUUGUAAUAAGUGUGCACAGCAACAAAACAGCGCAAGAAAGAGCGGCUUUGUUGUUUACCAGAUAAUGAUGCUUUGGGACCACCAGAUAAGAAAAAUGAUUUCGUUCCAGAUCAGUCAACCACUUCUUGUCAAGCAAAAGGUGCUGUAUCAAUAUGACAACAAGCGGCUAAAAGCCGACCUACAGAGAGUGAGGGAUGAACUGGACGAAGUAAAAGCAGAAAAGGAGACUGUGGAUAAAACGUUAAGUGGUAUCAAAGCUAAAGUGACCGAGAGGAAAAGACAAUGGGACGAAGAAAUGGAGGAGCUUAAGUCCCAGUACGAGGGAGAGAUAAACUCGUUGAAAGCUCGUUAUAAGAAAGAGAAGAGUUCCACUGACAGUGCACUGAGUGACCAGUUGAACCAGCUGGAGCAAGAGCUUAAUGAGCAAUGGAGGAUCAAGAGUGAGAGGAGCGUACAGCAGACUGAGGAGAGAUGGAAGAGGAAGCUACAAGAUAUUGAUGAAGAGAAAGCUGCCAUACAGCUGCAAUUGGAAGAGUCCCGCUCUAAGAUUGAAGCCCUCAAGUCUCAGGAUUACGUGACAAUGCUACGAAAAGCCGAAGAUGAGCUUGAGAACCUUCGUGACGAGAAGUCCCGUUUAGAGACUCAACUCGGACUUGCUUUGUCGGGCGAAGAGAAAGCGAAGAACCAACUAAAGACAUACAUCGAGGGAGAGGGGGACAAGACAAAGGAGGAACUUGAAACUUUGAGGAAUGAAUUGGAAGAGAAGAGAAGAGAAGGAGAAGAGAGUCAAGCAAUGUGGAAGGAGAGAGUUUCAGAAUUACAAAAAAAACUUGAUGCAGCUUCAACAGGGGGUGGAGCAGCAGGGGGCGUGUCUCCGGAGGUCAUAGGUCAAAAAGUGAAGUCGAUAAUGAAUGACAUGUACCAGUCACUUAAUAGACAGUUUCGUACUAAGACUGACUUCCCGUCAACUGAGAUACUGCAAAUAUUACUAGCCACUGUUAAAGUAUGAGGACAUGUAGCAUUUGUAUGAGAUAACA